GGAGAAUUCAGUGUGACCCUUGACCUUGCGUGAUGGCGGUCAGAGCAUCUUUCGAGAACAACAACGAGGUCGGCUGCUUCGUCAAACUCACCAACACAUACUGCCUGGUGGCGGUGGGAGGGUCCGAGAACUUCUACGGUGUUUUUGAAGGCGAAUUAUCAGAAAGUAUUCCUGUAGUCCAUGCUUCCAUUGCAGGAUGCAGAAUCAUUGGAAGAAUGUGUGUGGGUAAUCGACAUGGGUUAAUGGUCCCUAAUAACACGACAGAUCAGGAGUUACAGCAUAUCCGCAAUUGCCUGCCAGACUCUGUGGUCAUCCAGAGAGUUGAGGAGCGUCUUUCUGCACUCGGAAAUGUAAUCGCCUGUAAUGACUACGUGGCUCUGGUGCAUCCGGACCUAGACAGAGAGACCGAGGAGAUCUUGGCUGAUGUGCUGAAGGUGGAGGUUUUCCGACAGACUGUUGCUGGGCAGGUUCUAGUGGGCAGUUACUGUGCUUUCAGUAACCAGGGAGGUUUAGUACAUCCAAAGACAUCCAUUGAAGACCAAGAUGAGCUUUCAUCCCUGCUUCAAGUUCCACUGGUGGCUGGUACAGUGAAUCGUGGUAGUGAGGUUAUCGCUGGCGGGAUGGUGGUGAAUGAUUGGUGUGCUUUCUGUGGACUUGACACGACCAGCACCGAGCUAUCGGUUAUUGAGAGUGUUUUUCGAUUAAAUGAAGCCCAGCCCAGUGCAAUUGCAACAAGUAUGAGAGAUUCACUGAUCGAAAGUCUAACAUAAAGGAACAGGCAUGGAUCAAACCUCAGGAGGGCAAUGUGCUGCGCUGCUAUUUCGACAGAACAGACACGAGACAGAGAGAGAGAGAGAGAGAGAGAGAGAUCAUCGUUUGCUCUGAACUGAUUCGCCAUUCUUACUGUAACUCCAAUCAAUUUGUAAUCACCACACAGCCACAAUAACCUAUAAGUUGCCUUCUCAUUGAUUAUUUAACCUUAAAGAACAUCUGAAUGUAUAAGAAAUGAGUUGGCGAGAUUGUCAGUAUGUUGAUUAAACAAGUCACUGCUUAUGAAUAAAUAAAUCCUUGUUCUUUUAA